AUGUCACUCAAAGCCUCUCCGCUACUAUCAUGUGUAUGCUUACUUCUCGUCCUAUUCCCUUCCCACGCAGAGCCGCCGACGGCGCCGGCUGCAGGGGAGAAACCACCUUCCGCAUUCGAGUUUAUCAAACGUUUGCAAGGAUGUCGGAAAGGUGACAACGUUGAAGGGCUAAAACAUCUCAAGAAUUAUCUUAAAAGGUUUGGUUAUUUGGACGAUUUUAUCACUAUCAAUGGAGAAGAGGAAAAUGAUGGUUUCGAUGAUUUCCUAGAGUCGGCCGUCAAAACUUACCAGACCAAUCACCGCCUCAACGCCACCGGAGUUUUGGACGCGGAAACCGUGUCGCUGAUGGCGACGCCGCGGUGUGGGGUGGCGGAUAUAGUCAACGGCCAGAACUUGAUGCAGCGUCCCUCCGGGAUAAUCCGCCGCCGCCGGCUCGGAUCCUUUCACGCCGUUUCGCGUUAUGUUUUCUUCGACGGCGAGCUGAGGUGGCCGGACGGAAAGAAGUCAAGAACCACCUGA